AUGGAUAUUAAUAAUAUUGAUAAUAGUAAUAAUAUGGAUAGUAAUAAUAAAAAUAGUGAUUAUAAGUUUAACCAAAUUCUAUUCGACGAAAUAUCAACAAUCAUUUUCGAUGUUUUAAAAGAAAAUAUUAAUACAGAUAGUGAAGCAUCCAACACAAAUAACAACUUCAUUAUAAAUAAAGAAUUAUUAAAUAAAUUAUUAGAAGAUGACCAAAUCAGUGAUGAUGAUGUAUUUUUUAAUAAUGAGCCAAAUUGUAAAGAUAUUUUUAAUUAUAAAAAUCCAGAGUUGUUUUUUGAUCAAUUAUCAAAUGGAGGUUUUUAUUAUCCACCAAAACCAUUUUAUAAACAUAUUGGAUUGGUAUUACAUAGCUGGGCAACAAUUAAAAGAUUUCCAAUACAAUUUCAACCAUUGUACGGUUUAAAUGAAGUAAAAAAAAGUGAACAAGAAAAAAAUAAUAUUUAUUUGGAUGAUAGUGGCAGCAGCGAUAAUAGUAACAGUGAUAAUGGUAAUACUGAUAAUAGUAAUAACACUAAUAAUGACAAUAAUGGUAAUAAAGAAGAAAAAAAUGAUAAUGAAGAUAGUCAAAAAAAUGAAAUGGUUUAUUUUGAAAAUUUAAGUGAUUCGGUUGUAGAUUUUAUAAAUAAUAAAUGGGGUAAUGGUAGUAAAGAAGAAAAAAAGGAAUUUAUUUUAAACUUUUUUAAAAAUUUAACAAAUAGAAAUUUACUUACAUUAUUUAGCAUUAGAAAAACUAAAUUAUCAUUGGAUACUGUGUUAUUACCAGGACCCAUUCAAUUAAUAAAAUCAAGUAAUUUAUUGAAUAUUCCAGGUUCAAAUUCAAAAUUGACAGUCUCUUCGAAAGCUUUAUCAAAGCAUUCAAUUAGAUCAAAAGAUUCAUUUUGGGGUAGCGAUAAAGGUCCUGAACUAGUUAAAAAUAAACGUUCCGAAUCUGUAUUAAUAAAAAUUUUAGCAGAGCCUGCAUGGAUAAAUAUACAUUUAUUACCACAUAAUAUACAAAUUAUAGAAAUUAGAAAUAUUCAAGGUUAUGGAUUACGUUGGUCUGCUGAUGGUACAUUUUUUAGAGGCUUUUUAGAGCCACAAAUGGAAGGUGGGCACGAAGUUGGUUGGAAGCAUUAA